UAAAGCUCUUGUUUCUUUUCUCACCUAAAGAAUUAGCUCCAACUAGAUACUUCGCUUCAAAGCACCAAAGACUGAAAACGAAAAUUCUUUUCCUUUCCAAGCUACACCACCACCUCAAGUCCUCCACAUCAUGAAUAAAAACAAUUACUAUGAAACCAAAGCACCAAAACCAAACCCAUUCCUCCCCAUUACUACUAUCCCAAUCAAAUCAAUCCCCAUGUUCUGUAGUGCAGUGUAAGCCAACAACCCACCACCAUACCAUCCCAUAUCUCAAACAAUCAAACAAAUAAAAACGUCAGCCAAUUAUAAAGACUCCACAGUCAUUGGCUUAAAGCAACACCAACCAACACCAAAAUCCUUGCUUUCCCGAAACCAAUAAAAUUACUUUUCCAAAACUAAAUAAAAACUUAGUCUUUAACACAAGAAAGAAAAAAAAAAAGAUUGUCUAUUCCUAUAUUGUUCUAACUUCCAAGACUGUUACUUUAGCAGUUAGUACAAAGAGACAAAGGGUCUGUCUAACUGGGUUACAGUGUGUUUGUGUGUGUGUUUGGUUGUUUGGUUCUUCUUCCAUAUGAUUGAUAACUGUGGAAAAAGUAAACCUGGGAAAGCCUGGAGAGUUUUUCUUGGAAGGUAUUUUCGAUUGCAUCCAUGAGAUCACCGUGGCACUUGCUUUUGCUAGAAUGAGUGAUUCUUCAGCUUAUAGGGUUGAAACCACUUCACGUUUGGCUCAAUGGAGGAUAGAAAACUUGGCUUCCUGCACAUACCGCAAGUCAGAUCCUUUCAAAAUGGGAAAGUGGAAUUGGCAUUUAUCUUUGGAGAAGAAUAGAUUGCUGUUUGUUAAAUUGUACCCGGAGAUAUCAAAUCUAACAAGAGACAAUCCCCCGAUUGCAUCUUUCAUCAUUCGAGUUGUCAGUUCUGCAGGAGAUCGGAAGUCCUUGACUCAUCCAGAAAUAACAGACAAGCAAAUCAAGAACAACGACGAUUUUGUUUGGGCAAUAGAGGUUCCAUUAACUGGGAAAUUUAUCAUCGACGUUGAAUUCCUUGAUUUGAAGACUGCAUCUUCAGGCGGAGGAGAACCUUGCUCUAUCUGGGUUAACGAAUUAACACAGAAACGAUCUCAUGCAACAGCUCUUGCAUCCCUCAGUCGAAUGUUAACAGAAAGCAUCCACACGGAUAUUAUAAUUAAUGCCUCUGAUGGAAGCAUUGGGGCUCAUCGUGCUGUUCUUGGUGCACAAUCACCUGUUUUUCGUAGCAUGUUCUUGCAUAACUUGAAGGAGAAAGAAAUGUCUACCAUAGAUAUCUCUGACAUGUCAAUUGAAGCUUGCCAGGCUUUUCUCAACUACAUUUAUGGUAACAUUCAACAUGAAGAUUUUUUGACCCACCGGCUGGCACUUCUCCGUGCAGCUGAUAAAUAUGACAUCUCCAACUUAAAAGAGGCUUGCCAUGAGAGUCUUCUGGAGGAUAUUGAUGCAAGAAAUGUACUCGAGAGGCUCCAGAAUGCAUCUCUAUAUCAAUUACCAAAACUGAAGAGCAGCUGCAUGCGUUAUCUUGUGAAGUUUGGCAAGAUAUUUGACAUACGAGAUGAUUUGAAUGCCUUCUUGCAACAUGCAGAUAGAGACCUAAUAGCAGAAAUCUUCCAUGAAAUUCUCAAUGUGUGGAAAGGUUUCUAAAACUCUGCCUACAAAAGAUAGGGAAGAAAAAGCUUGUUUAGUCAGCUGUAUGUUGUUGUGACCUUGAAAAUGGAUUGUUAGACAAUUGUGCAGAAUCUUAUGUCAUGAAGAUGAUUCUUUUGUCCAAAUGGAAUUUGUUUGUCUAAUUGUAUAUAUAAAUAUUGGUCUUCAAUAUGGAGGAACGCAUUCUUGUA